ACAAUGUCUUCAAGUUUUGGAUCGGUCUCUAUCUUGGCCAUGGUGGCCAUACAACUCCUCCUUAUACGCAGCGUUUGGUCACUCAACCUUAACAAUGUGUAUCUCAGCCACAAAUGCAACAACACCCAAGGGAAAUACACGCCAGGGAGUGUGUUCGAGAGAAAUCUCAACCAAGUCAUCAGAAACUUAUCUACCUUCGAUCUGCGCAACGGUUACGCCCUAGACUCCAGUAUGUAGACUCCCUACACAGAUAUACCUCCCAACACCGUCUUCGUUAUGAUCCAGUGCCGCGGCGACUCCUACGGUUCCAAGUGCCACUCAUGCCUCUCCACAGCCAUCUCUGGGCUUCGUCAGAGAUGUCCGGGAAACAAAGGGGGAAUAAUAUGGUAUGACCAAUGUCUUUUGGAGAUUUCUACCUACAGUUACGAUAGGGUCUCAAGGAUCGAUUACGAUAAUAUUUUAUGUAUGUCAAACCCGAAGAACGUGAGCGGCAAUCCGCAGAGGUUCAACAAGGUGAGGAAAGAUCUCUUCCAAAAGCUAAUGUUAGAAGUCAGCAGGAAAGGCGAAGAUGGCAAAGGACCAUUGUAUGCAACGGGGGAGUCAACGCUCGGGAUAAAGAAGCUUUACGCAAUGGUGCAGUGUACGAACGACUUAUUUGAGAACGGUUGCUAUGUGUGUCAAGAGUGGCUUGCCGAGAAGUAUGGAAAAUGCGGCGACGGAAAACAAGGAGCAAGAGUUUUGGGUAGAAGCUGUAACUUAAGGUAUGAGCUUUACCCUUUUCUUAGAUCUAAUUAG